ACUCAAAAGUAUCGUUAAAUGCAUUUGUUCUCUCCUUUUCAAACUACCUAACUAUAUACCGCCCGCCAAAACUGUAACUCUCUUGAGUCUCAACGACCAAUCAACAAUGGCUUCUAACGACCACGAGUUUUUCUUCAAUCCGAUUUUAUUUUUGUUUACUCGAAACAGUAAAAGCUAGAGAGCUUUCUCCAGUUAUUCACAGCCACACACAGUUUAUCCACACCCCUUAUCCCCCAACUCAGUCAGAGAAACAAAAAAAAAGUUUCAAUCUUUCAACAUUUUGUUUGCGAAAGUUCGAAACUUUGACGACCACCAUGCUUCUCGGAGGCCCAAUCUCCACUCCUCCACCUUCUCUCCGGUUAAGAGCCACCUCAAACCCACAAAACGCAGCCGUACAGCCCUCACAAGCUGCGUUUCCAUCGGCUACGCAAAGACAACCGCCCAUCUACUCAAUCACCGACGAGGAUCUCCAGUCCAAAGGCUUUCUCCUCCGCCGCACUCCCGAAGGCCUAAACCUGGACCACCUCAACUCCGUCUUCGUCGCGGUGGGGUUCCCGCGGCGAGACACGGGGAAGAUCGAGGUGGCGCUGCGGCACACGGACGCGAUGCUGUGGGUGGAGUACGAGAAGACGCGGCGGCCGGUGGCGUUCGCGAGGGCGACGGGGGACGGAGUGUUCAACGCGAUCAUAUGGGACGUGGUGGUUGACCCGACGUUCCAGAGCUUGGGGCUGGGGAAGGCGGUGAUGGAGCGGCUGAUCGAGGAUCUGCGGAGGAAAGGGAUCUGCAACAUCGCUCUGUAUUCGGAGCCGAGAGUUCUCGGGUUUUACCGCCCGCUCGGGUUCGUUUCCGACCCGGAUGGGAUCCGAGGAAUGGUGUUUGUGCGUAAACAGAGAAACAAGAAGUGAAAUGAAUAAACUUUAUUUCGAUUUAACAUUACAAUGUCUUUGUCAGUGGAAACAGAGUAUGCAGAGAAGUAGAUAAAGUUUGAAUCUUUUUGUGAUACAAUUGUUUUAAGAAGUAGAUUUGGCGUGGUGGAGGAAGGCGACGGAGCAGAGGAUGGUGGUGAUGAGAGCGAAGAACCCUAAUCCGAUCAUUAGAGAGAUUCCGGCGACGAUUAGAUCCAUUGAUGUCUGCACGCUUAUUCCAAUCAUUUUUUCUGUUACAAAAUGUUAUCUUGAUUUCUCUCUCUGCUACGGUAAGAUGUGUUUGAAGAAAGAAGUAAAGAAAGCCUUUUGCUUUGACACGUAUUGCGAGACGACCAGAGCUUAGCUCAGUUUCAGACAGAGCCCCUCGUGUGUAUAUAUUACAUUACAUAUUUACAUGUGACGUGUCUCGUGUUAUUUGGUUGGUUUAUGUAUUUUUACCAAAGUAGACAGCUUUUCUUUUUUUUUCUUGGACAACUUUUCUCUAUGAGGAUGUAGCUAGAGAAGUGGGCAAUGAGGCAAUGUGGUGGAGUAAUGAUUGGUUUGUCUUUCA